ACGAUAGCUAGUCUGCAGAGAGAAAGAGGAGCUGGAGAGUAACGGGAAUUCGGCUGCUUUGGAAAUUAAAUUAAAAUAGAGGAAAAACACGAACGAAACCGGAUACCGGACACCUAACGCAGGCUGGGACUAUUUGUUUCUACUUUUUGGGAGAGUAGAUCGUGGAGUGUUCUAACAAAAGAAGAGGCAGACACAAGGAUGAAGAUGCUCCCCGGUUCUCCUUCUGGAUCUACUUAUUCACAGGCUUAGCUUCAUUUAGAGCCUUUUCCUCUGGUGUUUUAGUAAGACCUAGACUUUGAGAGAGAAGACUGCAAACACAUACACAUUCACAUCCUUUUAUUGCCUCUUAAUUGUUUCCUGGCAGAGCCAACUUAGUGAUAUUUUGGCAGUGCACCAAUAUUUGCUACCGCAUUAUUGAAACCAUGGCAAAUAUGUGCCCUUAUGGCCGUUUUACCCACGCCGUGGUGAGGGGGAUUCCAGAGACCUUUGGGAAGACAGCAGGGGAUGGCCAGGAGAACGGGGAGGUCUCGGUGGACCUGGCCAAAGCUCAGCGUCAAUUUGGUUGCCUGACAGGAGCGUUGAGGCAGAAGGUGGGCCUGCAGCUGAUCGAGAUCCCCCCUGACCCUGAGCUGCCAGAAAGCUGGAGGAUAGAGGAUGUGGCAGUCAUCCAGGGAGACACAGCGCUCAUCACCAGGCCCUUCAAACAGCAGCGACGGAGCGAGGUGCAGGCGGUGAGGAGGGUGAUGUCAGAGCUCAGCCUGACUGUGGUUGAGAUAGACGGUGAGCAGGGCGACUCUGGAGGGGCCACGCUUGAGGGCAGCGAUGUCCUCUUCACAGGGAGGGAGUUCUUCAUCGGCAUCUCCUCCCACACCAAUCACAGAGGGGCAGAAGUGCUGGCGGACACCUUCAGGGACUUUGCAGUGUCCACUGUACCCGUCUGUGAUGGAGCCCGACUGAAAAACAUCUGCUCCAUGGGAGGCCCGAACACCAUCAUUUUUAGCAACAGUGAUGGGGCCAAGAAGACACUCCGGAUGAUGGAACAGCUGACUGAUCACCACUACGAUGUGCUCACCGUCCCAGAGGAGUCAGCAGCAAACUGCAUCUACAUCAAAGGUCCGUCUAAACGGGACUUCCUGCUGCACCGACCAGCAGAUGAAUGCCCUGACAGCACUUCCGCCUUCCAGAAACUGCAGGACUACACCCUCCUGCCGACAGCCUGCAGCGAGGCCUCCAAGCUGGGAGCAUCUCUGUCCUCGCUCUGCCUACUCAUCAACAGAAAGCAUACAUAUUUCUGAAAACACGCCCGCGCUACGCAGCAUUUAUGUGCAGGUGUUCAUAGUGGUGGGGAUGGUGACACUAACACGCAGUAUUUGUAUGAGACAGAAUGAGGCACCUGAUUCACUGCACCACUGCCCCCUCUGCUGAACGAACAGCGCUGCAUGGUGUCAUAACUCCAUUCAUAAAGCCACUAAAUGAAGCUGUAGUUUUGCACUGUUUCAAUUGUGACAGCUUUUUCAGAGACCACUAAAAGUCACCCUACAGGAAGCCCCCCCCCCAAAAAAAAUCCUGUAUAUGUUCAAUACUUUUUUUUUUUUUGGACCAAUGUAUGAAGGAAAAGCCAAAGGCACCAUUCAGUUGAGCAUGUUUUUUUUUUUUCACCACAUACAAUCUUGAUCCAGUAAAGGGACAUUAUGUCCACUUUCCAGAAGGCUGAAGGUCUCUUGUAAUAUUACUGCUUAUGGUAGGCAUGGUAAACAUUUAAAGAUGACUACACUCAGAUACCCUUUGCUACAGUGUACAGCCUUCAUAUCCCCAAUGUGUUAGGUUUGUAUUAUUUUCAGUACUUAUGUAUUAGCUGUUUUUGUUUUAAUUACUGGACAUCUGUAGCUGCUAAAUGUAGAAAUUCAGAUAUAAUUUAGCUUUACAGUGUAUGAAUUUGAUGCAAGUGUAGAACUAUUAAAGACCAGCUGUAAACUUAA